UCCUCGUUCCCCAAUCUGCGCCGCCCCAACUCAUCUUUCCCAGCUCCUCUUCCCGGUUCGUUCAUCCUAGGUGCUGGUAAUCCUAGCGACGCAAGUACCACCGCCGCGAGGUCAGGCCGCCCCCACAACCACCGGGAUUACCGCGCUGGGCCAGUGGGCAGACUACGCCCACCCAUCGUCGGGGAGCUCGCCCGACCCAUCGCCGGGGUGCUAUGUCGUGGUGGAUGCAACCACCCAACGGCAAGCACUGCGUCGUGCCGUGGUGGUGGUGCCAGUAUACCAGUGGUGCCGUACUGAGCCGGCGAGGGCGCCUGGUCAAGUUGCGCCGCGGCGACCCGAGGCUGCGCCGGUCUGCCGCCGGGGGCUGCCUCGUGCUGGACCACUGCUGCCAGUUUGUUUGCCCGAGAUCCGCAUUCGUCUCCUUUCCCGUCCUCGCCGUCGAGCUCGGCAGUUUGCAACCGCGGUUCAACGACGUGGAGACCUCAACUGGACACGAGCAUGGGUGGAGUCAAUAGUAUGGCGGAUAUGGCAUCUCCCUCUCAUGAUAUUAGCGGGUACAGGCAUAUCUGCAGCCAGAAAAAGCAUGGGGAUGAACGUCGGGCGAGCGCCGGGCGACGCGUAAAGGGGGCUGUGCUGGCUCCAGAGUAGUAUAGCUCUGGGACUAUUUGUAAUUUUUAGUUUUUUUGGAUUAGUUUUUUCUUUUUGUGGUAUUGUUUGUAAAAGUAUGUAGAUAAUUGCAGCAUGUUUUUUCUUUUUUAUUAAAAUGCCAUUUUUCUGUU